GUGUGUGUGCGUGUGUGUGUGUGUGUAAGAUGACUUCUUCGUGGUCUGCGUUUGGAAACAAGAUCAGUUCGCUGGGUCUGUCGGAUCUGUCCAAACACGCACUCAUGUCACGCUCCAGCCAACUGUGUGCCGUGGUCUUUCCUGACGGCACAAUGCACACUUUUACAGUCAACAAACAUGAUGCUGGUCUUCUGUUGUUUGACAUGGCCUGUGAGCACCUGGAUGUUCAGGAGAAACACUACUUCAGUCUCCAGAUCAGUGGAGACAACUUUGGUUCCCCGAGGUGGUUGGACCUUAAUAAACCAAUCAAAAAGCAGCUCAAAGAUCAUCCAGGUUCUGCUCCGUUCUACUUGAUAUUUAGAGUCCGGUUCUUUAUCUCUGACCCAAACUCACUUCAGCAUGAGCAAACCAGGCAUUUUUACUUCCUACAGAUUAAAAAAGAUAUUCGAGAAGGAAGGUUAAAAUGUCCUUUAAGUUCUGCUGUGGUACUGGCCUCUUAUGCUGUUCAGUCUGAGCUGGGAGACUAUGUGCCGGAGACUCCCUCUGGAUACCUGGGCCAAGUCCAGUUCAUCCCUGAUCAGGACGUGGACUUUCUGUCAAAAGUGGAGUCACUACAUCCACAGCACAGAGGGCUCUCUCAGAGCGAGGCAGAGCUCUGUUACCUAAACACAGCCAGAACACUGGAGCUGUACGGAGUGGAGCUGCACAGCGCUAUGGAUGUAAGCAACCCUACCUUGUGGGUUGGGAUAGCGUCUGGGGGCGUGGCCAUGUUUUGCAAUAUGAUUUGUUCCAGCUUCUUUCCCUGGGUCAACAUCAUAAAGAUUUCAUUCAAAAGAAAGAAGUUUUUCAUCCACCUACGGCGGAAACAUGGGGAAGUUGGAGAACAUGUUGUUUCUCUCUCCAUGCCGUGCUCUCGUUCCUGUAAGAACCUGUGGAGAUCCUGUGUGGACCACCACACAUUCUACAACAGUAGGAAGAACACACACAAAUCUUCAAAAGUUUCCAGAUCGAUCCCACUUUACCGCAAACUUGUUGGUGAGAAUUUGUGGAACUCUGCGUUGAGAUCACUCUCCACCGAACACCUGGAAACCAAGAGUCUGCCAUCAAGAUCUCCACCGUCCACUCCCAACUGGCGAACUCCCCGCUUGCGACAUGAUGUUCAUAAGCCACGCCCAUCAUCCGUGGACAAUCUGACGAAUGAGAUGAGUUACAUCACCGAGAGCGAAGACGUGUUCUACACUUACAAGAAAGCCCAGGAAGAGGGGAAAACCUCCAGCGUUUCGUCUCACGGAGAGGAGCUCACGGUGGACGAAGAGGACUGGCAAGGCCUGUGGGAUAAGAAUCUAGCAGCAGAUGGAGAUCUCCUGUUGGUACGGAUCAGUCCAGACACGGACGGCAAGUUUGGCUUUAACGUCAAAGGUGGAGUGGAUCAGAAGAUGCCUCUGUCCAUUUCUCACGUAAACCCAUCUUCACCGGCCGGCCGUUGCAUCCCUCCACUGAUGGAGGGAGAUCAGGUGUUGCUGAUAAAUGGGCGGGACAUUUCUGAACACACCCAUCAGCAGGUUGUCAUGUUUAUCAAGGCCAGCCGGGAAUCCCACAGCCAGGAGCUUGCCCUGCUUGUCCGUCGCAAAGGAGUGACCAUGCGAGUGGAGGCCCCCCUGCAGUUUGACAGUGGUCUCUCCUUCCCCGGGGACCUGCCGCCGUCACCACAGCGUCCCUCAGGAGAAACUCUGGAAGAGUCCAUGGCGCGGUUAGAGCGGGGGUUGCACAGUGGCACACUGUUACUUCAGUUUGAGAAGUUGCACAGGAAGAAAGCCGGGGCCUCAGUGUGCUGUGCGAGACUCCCUGAGAACAUGGACAAGAAUCGAUACAAGGACGUCUUGCCCUAUGAUAUGACUAGGGUGGUGUUACAAGAGGAGGGAGAUGAUUACAUCAACGCCAGUCAUGUGAAGACGGAGCCAGGAGGCCGUGCGUUGCGUUAUGUGGCAGCACAAGGUCCACUACCUCACACCUGUACACACUUCUGGAGGAGUGUGUGGGAACAAGGGAUCAAUGUUAUUAUAAUGCUCACGACACUUACUGAGAGAGGACGGACAAAGUGUCACCAGUACUGGCCACACCCACCUGAAGUGAAGGAUUAUGGGUGCCUUCAGGUGUGCUGUCACUCAGAGGAGUGUAACCUUGCCUAUGUCACGAGAGAGAUGACUCUCACACACACACAGUCAGGGGAGCAGCGUUCUAUCACUCACCUGCAGUACGUUGCCUGGCCAGAUCACGGGGUUCCAGAUGAUUCUACCGACUUCCUGGAUUUUGUCCAAUCAGUGAGGAGUAAAAGAAGGGAGGCCGAGCCUCUAAUGGUUCACUGCAGUGCUGGGAUUGGACGGACAGGUGUGCUGAUCACCAUGGAGACAGCUCUGACGCUGAUGGAGAGGACAGAGCCUGUGUAUCCACUGGAGAUUGUCAAUUCACUGAGAGAACAGAGAGCAAUGAUGGUCCAGACCUCGUGUCAAUUCAGCUUUGUUUGUGAAGCCAUUCUGAGGGUGUACAGAGAGAGGUUCAAAAACGGCAAACCGAUAAACAGCUGAGAAGAGGAAGGAAGAAAAGGAGGGAGGAGGAACAAAUAGAGAGAUAAAGAUGGAGUGACAGACAGACAAAAGGGGACGGAGAACGGAGUGAUGGACAGAUGGGACACCGGGACGUGUGGAGGAUGGAGGGAGCAGAUUUCACCCCCUGAUCUGUUGUUUUUGUCAGAGGAAAAAAAAAAUGAAAGAAAUGAAAACGGCUGAAAAAAAAAAAGAAAAACAAGACAGUGAUAUAGGGAUGUUGAGAGAAAUAAAAUGAAUUGAUUGGACCAAUGGAGGGGUGAAGAUUGAAUGGACUGGAUCUUUACCCCGAUGCCG